CUCUGGGGGUUGUUGUUGCGGCUUUUUUUUUUUUUAAAGUCACCUGAGAAGUUUCUGACAUUAAAGUCACCAUGACUGAUUUGGGCUGCAAGAAACAUAGUGACUGCACUGUCUCCAGGCUGCUCAAUGUGGUGGAGAAUGAGCUCCAAGCUGGCAGAGACAAAGGAGACCCCACCGAAAAACAGCUCCAGGUUGUCUUAGAGGAUGCUGCACUAUGGCAGAGAUUCAGAGAAGUGACCAAUGAGAUGAUUGUCACGAAGAAUGGCAGACGGAUGUUCCCUGUCUUAAAGAUCAGUGUCUCGGGCUUGGAUCCCAAUGCCAUGUAUUCUUUUCUGCUUGAUUUUGCUCCGACUGACAGCCACCGCUGGAAGUAUGUGAAUGGAGAAUGGGUCCCAGCCGGAAAGCCAGAGCCAUCAAAUCACAGCUGUGUCUAUAUCCAUCCAGACUCUCCCAACUUUGGGGCGCACUGGAUGAAGGCUGCGGUAUCUUUCAGUAAAGUGAAACUUACCAACAAGUUGAAUGGCAAUGGGCAGAUUAUGUUGAAUUCUCUGCACAAAUACGAGCCGCAAGUUCAUAUUGUUCGAGUUGGAGGCCCACACAGGAUGGUAAUGAAUUGUUCCUUUCCUGAAACUCAGUUCAUAGCUGUGACUGCUUACCAAAAUGAAGAGAUAACAGCUCUCAAGAUCAAGUACAACCCCUUUGCCAAAGCUUUUCUGGAUGCAAAAGAAAGAAACCACCCCAAGGAUGCUUCAGAUAUUGUCUCUGAAAGUCAGCACAUCACAUAUUCUCACUCUGCCCACUCUCACCACGGCUGUGAGCACUAUUCGGCCCUUCGAGGACAUAGAGCUGUUCCAUACCCUGCUUCAUACAUGCAAAGAAAUCACUCUCCAACAGUGAAUUUGAUAGAAAGCACCAACAAUGAUCUUCAAGUGCCAUCGGUCCACGAAGGCUGGGCUGCAGUACCCUCCAGUCACCAUGGCAACUUGCUCCCAGUGCCACACAACAGUGGUACGGCCACCCCGAGUCCGAGUCACUAUCCAUGCCUAUGGACAGUCAGCAACAAUGCCCUCAAUGUGGCCAACCUUGCGAGUGAUGCAAGCAGCAGCCCUCCCGGACCAUUCCUGAGAAGCAGCAUUGCAUUGCCUGCCACAUCGUCCUCUGCUUCAAUUCCUUUGCAGGGUACAGUUGCUGGCAGCAUGGAAGCACAGCUGGAGCCCACUUUCUCCAGGUUAACAGAGUCCACCUGGGCAUCUGUAGCCUCCCAUUCGUUUUAAAGGACCAGAGGGCAGCACAAGAAUGCCUGGUAGCACCCUGGACAGAACAGGAUUUAAGGCUGCCAUUCUUGCAGCAAAGAAAAGAACAUGUUUAGUGAUGUGCUGGCUUCUCCACAUCUUGAAAUCUUGGAUGGUGAAUUGGGCAAGUACCAUAGGACAAAAAGAAGAACAGGAGGUGUACAGGAGACCCCCUUUGCUGUUGCAAAUCCCGAUGAGAAAUUCUUGCUACCAGACAU